GAGAAACAAUACUAAAGACAAAACAUGAGUUACUCUUAAUAAAUGUUUGACAGCUGGUUUUAUAUACCCUUUUAAACAUUAAAUGUAUUUAAAACCAACCUCAUAACUAGAGCAGUUCUGAAGAGUAAUUGUGCAUUUAUGUAAGAUUAGUGAACGGGUUAAUUUAACCGGAGGAGGAGCUAUAUUCGUGUUUCACUCGGUAGAUUAAACGAUUUUCAUUGACAGACGACAUACAGAGAGCGUAGCUUCACUGCUGCUGACCAAAGACGGUCAAAGUGAUGAACAGCACUCCGACUGCUAUUAUGGAGUAUCAGAAUGGUCACAAGCAUGUUGACGCUUGCAGUAUUGAAGACGAGCCCCUACUCAGAGAGAACCCAAAGCGAUUUGUCAUCUUUCCUAUUCAGUAUCCAGACAUCUGGAAAAUGUACAAACAAGCUCAGGCCUCAUUCUGGACAGUUGAGGAGGUGGAUUUAUCUAAGGACUUGGUUCACUGGGACAACCUGAAGCCUGAAGAGAAACAAUUUAUAUCCCAUGUAUUGGCCUUCUUUGCAGCAAGUGAUGGGAUUGUCAAUGAGAACCUGGUGCAGAGGUUCAGUCAAGAAGUGCAGCUUCCAGAGGCUCGAUCCUUUUAUGGGUUUCAGAUCCUUAUUGAAAAUGUGCACUCUGAAAUGUAUGGCAUGCUCAUCAACACCUACAUAAGGGAUUUAAAAGAGAGGGACUAUUUGUUUAAUUCAAUCCAGACUAUGCCUUGUGUAAGACGGAAAGCAGACUGGGCCUUACAGUGGAUCUCUGACACAAACUCGACUUUUGGAGAGCGAUUAGUAGCAUUUGCAGCAGUGGAAGGCAUCUUCUUCUCUGGAUCAUUUGCUGCCAUCUACUGGUUAAAGAAAAGAGGUUUGAUGCCUGGCCUUACCUACUCCAAUGAGCUCAUCAGCAGGGAUGAGGGCCUGCACUGCAAUUUUGCAUGUCUAAUGUACAGCUACUUGGUGAAAAAGCCUUCUGCUGACAGAGUGAAGGAUAUCAUUACAAAAGCUGUGAGCAUUGAACAGGAGUUUCUCACUGAAGCUUUACCAGUCAACUUGAUUGGGAUGAACUGCACUCUAAUGAAGCAAUACAUUGAGUUUGUGGCUGACUGGUUGCUUACAGAUUUGGGAUUGCCAAAAUUUUACCAAUCAGAAAAUCCCUUUGACUUCAUGGAGUCCAUUUCACUGGAGGGAAAAACUAACUUCUUUGAGAAGCGAGUGGCCGAAUACCAGCGACUUGGAGUGAUGUCUAACGUGAUGGACUGUGAAUUCACUCUUGAUGCAGAUUUCUAACGCUGAACUAGAAUAUAGUAUUUAUUUAUUUGGCAGCUGGGUGUUUCAUUAAGUUUUACAGAAAAAUGACCUAGAUGUGUUAAGAAAAGUUCAAGCAGGAGCUGAAAAAUAGAUUUUUCAAAUUUUAUUUUGCUUUUUUCUCUCUUUUUUUUUUUACCAAAUAAUUUUAACACAUUGAUUUGGUGAUUCUGAUUGCAAGCAAAUGUGUUGCCUGGCAAAACAACUUUGCCCUAUUGUCUUAAAAGAAAAGUUCACCCAAAAAUUAUAAUAUUCCCACAACUCACCCUCAUGCCGUCUCAAACUUUCUCUCUUUGGCGGAACACAAACGAAGAUAUUUUGAAGGAUGUACAUGAUGUGGUUUUGUUUAUACAAUGUAAGUCAAUGGGAUCCAAAACAUUCAAGCUCCAAAAGGACAUAAAGGCAUCUUGAAAGUAAUCCAUACGACUAGACCAUACAACUUCAUAAUCUAUGUCUUAUGAAGCGAUACGGCCGCUUUGAGUGUGAAACAGACCAGAAUUUAAGUCUUUAUUUACUGUAAGAGACUAUCCCUUUAAUAAAACGAAUAAAGUGUAAUGAUGAAUAGACUCCAUCCAUGGUACAAAGACAGACAUCAGAUUAAAGUGGCCGACUCGAAACAAGGGUUAGUUCACCAAAAAAGUAAAUUCUCUCAUCAUUUACUCACCCUCACACCAUCCCAGAUAUGCAUGACUUUCUUUCUUCUGCUGAACCCAAACAGAUUAUUAGAAGAAUAUCUCAGCUCUUUUAGUCCAUACAAUGCAAGUGAAUGGUGACCAGAACUUUGACACUCCAAAAAGUGCAUAAAGGAAACAUAAAAAUAGUCUCCAUUUGUUAAAUCCAUGUCUUCUAAAUAUGAUUUAUGUAGGUCAGAAACAGAUCAAUAUUUAAGUCCUUUUUUACUAUAAAUUCUCCUCCCUGUCCAGUAUGUGGCGAUAUGCACAAAGAAUACGAAUCGCCAAAAAACAAAAAAAGAAGAAUGUGGAAGUGAAAGCGGAGAAUUUAUAGAAAAAAGGACCUAAAUAUUGACCUGUUUCUCACCCACACCUGUCACAUCGUUUCGGAAGAUAUAGAUUUAACCACUGGAGUCUUAUGGAUUACUUUUAUGCUGCCUUAUGUGCUUUUUGAAGUGUAAAAGUUCUGGCCACCAUUCACUUGCAUUGUAUCGACCUCCAGAGCUGAGAUAUUUGUCAAAAAGUCUUCAUUUGUGCUUUGCAGAAGAAAGUAAGUCAUACACAUCUGGGAUGGCAUGAGGGUGAGUAAAAGAUGAGAGAAUUUUCAUAUUUGGGUGAACUAUUCCUUUAAGAGUGUUCCUAAGAAGAAACUAAGGAUGUCCCAAUACCAAUACUGGUAUCAGCUGGAUACCACGCUCAUGUACUGGUACUUGAACUCGUAAAAAUGUUCAGAUACCAAUCUGACAUACGAAUAUCAUUACGUAAACAUUCAGCCCACAAAUAAAUAUAACAUGUCCUAGUGAGAUUAUUUAACCACAAAAGCUACAAUUUAAUGAAAUAAAUAUAUUUACAUUUACAUUUAUGCAUUUGGCAGACACUUUUAUCCAAAGCGACUUACAGUGUACUUAUUACAGGGACAAUACCCCCGGAGCAACCUGGAGUUAAGUGCCUUGCUCAAGGACACAAUGGUGGUGGCUGUGUGGAUCAAACCAGCAACCUUCUGAUUACCAGUUAUGUGCUUUAGCCCACUACGCCACCACCACUCCUUAUAUAGUUUGUAUGUAUAUAGUUUACAUGUAAUUCAUAUGUGAGCGCUUGUGAAUGUGUGGAGACAGUGUUGUGCUGACGCCGGGUGCUCAUACAUUUUAAGGCUCCUCCAAGGCUCAUACAGGGAAAACACCAUCAUGAGAUUGAGAUCGCGCUCUGUUUGUAGUAGAUGACAGUAAACAGAGUGCAAAUUCAUGUUGUAGCGCAAGGCACAUACAGAGUACAUACUUAUUUAAUUAAAUGGCAGCCUUUUGCGGUUUAAUAAUCACUUUAAGUCACAUAGUGACCGGAUUUUCCAGAGUGGGAAGCUGCCGUCAUAACAGCAGAGCUCCUUGGUCAAAACAACACAGAAAGACUUCAAAAUAAAAGCUCCGUCAAAAUUAAAGGUACAUUUAUAGGACAAAUGUAUGACAGAGAUAUAUCACCACUGUAAAGUUGUGUAAUAUUCACUGUAAUACUACUACUACUACUAAUAAUAAUAAUAAAUCAGUAGUAAUUGUAUUAUACUUAAGCAGUAUCUAAUAUCUGUGGUGUUCUGUUAUGCAGCACUUUAUUUGACGAAAUUUAACUCCAAUGUUGUGUUUUGGGUUGUGCUGGAUGUUGAAAAUUAAUUUUUAUAUUUUCAUUUGAUUAAAGUUUUAAUGAAUUCAUUUAUUUAAACACCAUUUGAUGAUAAAAUUGAAAUAAACUGUUGAUAUGGAGUUGAGAGAGAGGAAAAAGGUAUCGGAGCGUACCAAAAAUGAAGUAUCGGGACAACCCCUAAAAGAAACAAAAACACAAAUAUUUCUGGUGUAAACCUAAUAGGAUUUCAAAGAUGUUUUAGAUCAAAACAAGUAAUGUGUGUGGGCACAGGCUACUUGGAAAACUUUUCCGUUUUUAUGAAAAAAAAAAAAAACUUUAUAUAGAAGCUGCGCCUCUUUUAACCUAUGGACUCUGUAAAAAAAUAAAUAAAAAUAAAAAUAAUCAGAUAAAGCCA